GGGGAGGUGGAGGUGUACCUGUCCCAGGUGCAUGAUGGGAGCGUGUCCUCAGGGUUCCGGGCGCUGUACGAGGAGAGGCUCCUAUUGGACGUCACGCUGCUGAUAGAGGAACACCACUUCCAUGUUAGCAACACACACACGCGCACACAAACACACAAACACACACACACACACUCUUUCACUAACAUGUAAUAUAAUGUUAUCCCCUCCGCCAGGCCCACAAGGCCCUGCUGGCGACCCAGAGUGACUACUUCCGGGUCAUGUUCACAGCAGACAUGCGAGAGAGAGACCAGGACAAGAUACACAUGAAGGGGUUAACAGCUGCCGGCUUCGGCCACGUCCUGAGGUUCAUGUACUACGGUUCACUGGAGCUCAGCAUGGUCACAGUGCAGGAGAUACUACAGGUAACACACACAGACCUUUAACCCUCUAAGCCAGGGUUAUUCAACCUGGGGUCUGCUGCCCCCUAGGUGUCCGUGGAGGUACUGUAGGGGUCCACGAAAAUAUAUGAUUUUCUUCCUCCACUGUUUUUAUAAAUGUUGCUAGCAACAAAAGAAUACAUUAAUUUUGGAUUAUGUACCUACAGUAGAAAAUAUGAAAAUAUAUUCUAAUGAUGUCAACUUUAUUUCUCAACUCCUAAUAUUGAGCAAAUUAUUCAUUGGAGCUAAUUACACUCACUGGAGUAUCUGACAUAGGCUUUGAAAAAGCAACUGCUAGUACCAGUCGCAGCAACUGCCUGUUAUGCUUUCUUGACUUGGACCUACUUUUUUUCCAACGCAUUGCUAACCUUUGUUUAACCAGCUAAACAGCUGCUAUUAGCGAAAAUGUGUUUGGAGUUACCUUUCUAGCUAAUAGGCUAUGUAGAGGUUACAUUAAGGGUACAUAUUAUUUUAUUGGACAAUAUACAAACGUUUUUGAAGAUGUUUUUGUUGUUGAGUAAAUGGAUUUAUUGGUUCUCUUUUUUUUUUUAAGAGAGAUGAAAAUGUAAUGAUUUGAAGGUGAUUUGAAAAUCUAAAUGUACCGAUUUUAAGGUUGUCAUUCGAUUUGGGGUCGCCAGAAUUUCUUGCAAAAAAAAUGGGGUCCCCAGAAAUUCUGCCAGAGUUUUUUUUUGUCCCUGCUGAAAAAGUUACAUGCGCCGAAUACAACCGGUGUAGACAGUGAAAUGCUUACUUACGAGCCCUUUCCCAACAAUACAGAGUUAAAAAGUAAGAAAAAAGAAAUAGUAACACAAUAAAAUCACAAUAAUGAGGCUAUAUACAAGGAGUACCGGUACCGAGUCAAUGUGCAGGGAUACGAGGUAGUUGAGGUAACACAGUAUGUACAUGCAGGUAGGUGUAAAAGUGACUAGGCAAUCAGGAUGUAUAAUAAAAAGAGUAGCAGCAGUGUAUGUGAAAGUGUGUCUGUGUGUGGGGCGUCAAUAUGCAUUUGUGUGUUGGAGUGUCAGUGUAGUGAGUGAGGGCCCAUGCCAAAUAUUUUCAGCCUCCUGAGGGGGAAGAGGCGUUGGUGUGCCUUCUUCACGAAUGUGUUGGUGUGUUUGGACCGUGAUGGGUCCUUAGUGUUGUGGACACCGAGGAACUUGAAUCUCUCGACCCGCUCCACUACAGGCCCAUCGAUGUGAAAGGGGGCAUGCUCAGCCCUCCUUUUCCUGUAGUCCACAGUUUGUAUUGCUGACGUUGAGGGAGAGGUUGUUGUCCUGGCACCACACUGCCAGGUCUCUGACCUCUUCCCUAUAGGCUCUCAUCGUCGUCGGUGAUCAGGCCUACCACUGUCAUGUCGUCGACAAACUUGAUGAUAGUGUUGGAGUCGUGCGCGGCCACGCAGUCGUGGGUGAACAGGGAGUACAGGAGGGGACUAAGUACGCGCACCCCUGAGGGGCCCUUGUGUUGAGGGUCAGCGUGGCGGAUGUGCCUACCCUCACCACCUGGGGACAGCCCGUCAGGAAGUCCAGGAUCCAGUUGGAGAGGGAGAUGUUCAGUCCAUGGGUCCUUAGCGUAGUGAAGAGCAUGGAGGGCACUAUGGUGUUGAACGCUGAGCUGAACGUGGCUAGUAGCAAACGUUAGCCAGCUGGAACUAGCUAGGUAGCACCGGAAUUUACACCUCUUGCACCAACCAAAAAUAAGACUAGUCAUAGCUAGGGCUGUGGCGGUCACGAAAUUUCCUGUGAUUGUCAAGCAAAUAACUGUCGGUCUCACAGUAAUUGACAGUUAAUUAACAUAAACAUAUUUAGCGUCUCCUGGCUUCCACACAUAGCCUACAAACCACUGAUGCAGACAUUUGGAACAUCUACAUUUUAAAAAGUCUAAUAAAUCCAUGUAAUAUAGCCUACACCUUCACAAUAAAUCCAUUAUUUAUUUUUGACAGGUCUAAAGAAGCAUUGUAUGAAUAAAAUGUAGUCUAUUUCAGAAGAAGAUAAUAGCAUAAGUUGUCCUUAUGUUUUGUCCUGAUGUGGCUAUGCCAAAUGGCUGUGGGCAACACAAGUUCAUUUAGCAGACAAGAUUUGCUUAGAAUUCCGUGGCAUUAUUUUAUAGUAUGAAGAAUACAUUUGAACAAAGCUGAAUAAAAUAUAAAUAUUUUCUCCAAACGAUUUGAGGGAGUGCGCACAUGCGGCUAUUCUGUGUUGAGCGGUUAACAAAGAAAUAGGUACUCCUAUAUGCUUAAUUUGAGUUAUUAAUGUCAUUUUAGUUGUUCUACAAAUGUUGGGCUAUAUGUUUUGAUUUUUAAUACAUUGUAAGUCUGCAUGAUGAGACUAAUGAUGAUUUGAAAAAAGUUGCUUGAAAGCCAUGAGCUCUGCUUUGUUUUUUGCGCAGGCUGUACACACUUCAAUGGUCUCUCAUUCACAAUUUGACAAGCACUUGAUAAUGCCUUGAAUUUCACGGCGGCAUCCCCUUUGUGGCCGUAAUGCACCCUAAAAAAAUCCAUGCCUUUUGCGCAAUCCGAAGCGCCUCUCACUCACAUGGCUCUUCAUCACGUGAUCAGGUCUUUCUCACAGGCUACAAGUGAAGACAUUUACUUUUCGUCAGCCAACAAGAUGAAUAGGCCUAACGAACAGCAAAAGCACUAGCCGAUGUCAAUCUACUAUCCCCCAUAGUACAAAAGUUGACCUAUUCUGUGCAAUAAAUACAUAUUCCAAACAUAGUCUGGGACAGUUGUGGGGUGCAAUAGAUCCCAAAUUAAUACAACCACUAGCAUAAUUUUUUUAAUUAUUAUUACGCAAUAUGGCUGACGUAACAUCAGAACGUUUAGCUUAAAAUGUUGAUAAACUAUUGGGCUAUUUCUUAACAUUAUAAGCGCAGCGAUGCGCACAUGGAAGUAGGCGAUAAGCGCGAAUGUUCCAUUAGCGGGAAAACCCCAUUUAUCAAAAGUGACUGCAAAUGUGAUUAUGCAUGUAAUGCUUUUAUUAUAAAGGUGUAUUUUUAUGGUAAAAAUGAUCUUUCCCGAACUUGAAACUCUCGCGCUGCUUAUGUAUGCCAGUUAGGCGCUAAACCUCUUGUAAAGCGUAUUAAUAAAUAUAGUAGGCGUAGAGGCCAUCACUCUGUUUUCUCGCGCUUGUGGAAUUUGACUGCCUUCAUGACUCAUGACCGCCGGUGUGGCGGUAAUACGGUCACCGCAACAGCCCUAGUCAUAGCUAGGUCCAGCGUAAGCAAUGCGCGUUGAUGAUAUUUGAUGCUUCAUAUUGAUGGUUGCCGGGCAUUGCAAGUUACUAGGCUGUUACCAUGGCAGUUCUAAACUUUGCGAGACAUGUCACUUCGCCCAUCACUUUGCAAAGCUCACCACUAUACAUGCACGUUUUCUUAACCACAACUGGAUGGAUCCAUAAAGAAUUACUGUGGGAAUGAAUAUCACUGAAUGACGAAAAUAUUGGAAAAAUGUAUUCUAAUGCUGUUGAAGGCAUGUGUGAAAUUGUUGCUUACUGAAACUCCCAAAGUCAUCCAACCGUUUAAAAUAAUUUAAAGCAAAAGCUGCGUGUGGUCAACUAUAAUUUCAGCACUGUUUUGAUUGGGACAGCGCCAUCGCGCUGCUUUGAGACAAGUUUAGGGACUCGUCCUGAUAAAUUAAUCAAUGUCAGAUUUUUGCUUUCACUGAAUCUCAGUUUGGAUAUUUGGUUACAAUUAGGCUAGGAAAAUGUUAGCUACAGUUGAAGUCGGAAGUUUACAUGCACUUAGCUUGGGGUCAUUAAAACUCGUUUUUUAACCAUGCCAAAACUAUAGUUUGUUAAAAAUAAAUUUGUCGAAAGUCGGUUAGGACAUCUACUUUGUGCAUGACACAAGUAAUUUUUCCAACAAUUGUUUAUAGACAGAAUAUUUCACUUAUAAUUCACUGUAUCACAAUUCCAGUGGGUUAGAAGUUUACAUACACUAAGUUGACUGUGCCUUUAAACAGCUUGGAAAAUUGAAGAAAAUGAUGUCAUGGCUUUAGAAGCUUCUAAUAGGCUAAUUGACAUAAUUUGAGUCAAUUGGAGGUGUACCUGUGGAUGUAUUUCAAGGCCUACCUUCAAAUUCAGUGCCUCUUUGCUUAACAUCAUGGGAAAAUGAAAAGAAAUCUGGCAAGACCUCAGAAAUUUUUUUGGGGACCUCCACAAGUCAGGUUCAUCCUUGGGAGCAAUUUCCAAACGCCGGAAGGUACCACGUUCAUCUGUACAAACAAUAGUACGCAAGUAUAAACAUCAUGGGACCACGCAGCCGUCAUACCGCUCAGGAAGGAGACACGUUCUGUCUCCUAGAGAUGAACGUACCUUGGUGCGAAAAGUGCAAAUCAAUCCCAGAAAAACAGCAAAGGACCAUGUGAAGAUGCUGGAGGAAACAGGUACAAAAAUAUCUAUAUUCAUAGUAAAACGAGUCCUAUAUCAACAUAACCUGAAAGGCCGCUCAGCAAGGAAGAAGCCACUGCUCCAAAACUGCCAUACAAUAGCCAGACUACGGUUUGCAACUGCACAUGGGGACAAAGAUCGUACAAAUGUCCUCUGGUCUGAUGAAACAAAAAUAGAACUGUUUGGCCAUAAUGACCAUCGUUAUGUUUGGAGGAAAAAGAGGGGAGGGCUUGCAAGCCGAAGAACACCAUCCCAACCGUGAAGCACGGGGGUGGCAGCAUCAUGCUUGGGGGUGCUUUGCUGCAGGAGGGACUGGUGCACUUCACAAAAUAGAUGGCAUCAUGAGGAAGGAAAAUUAUGUGGAUAUAUAUCUCAAGACAUCAGUCAGGAAGAUAAAGCUUGGUCGCAAAUGGGUCUUCCAAAUGGACAAUGACCCCAAGCAUACUUCCAAAGUUGUGGCAAAAUGGCUUAAGGACAACAAAGUCAAGGUAUUGGAGUGGCCAUCACAAAGCCCUGACCUCAAUCCUAUAGAAAAUGUGUGGGCAGAACUGAAAAGUGUGUGCGAGCAAGGAGGCCUACAAACCUGACUCAGUUACACCAGCUCUGUCAGGAGGAAUGGGCCAAAAUUCACCCAACUUAUUGUGGGAAGCUUGUGGAAGGCUACCCGAAACGUUUGACCCAAGUUAAACAAUUUAAAGGCAAUGCUACCAAAUACUAAUUGAGUGUAUGUAAACUUCUGACCCACUGGGAAUGUGAUGAAAGAAAUAAAAGAUGAAAUAAAUCAUUCUCUCUACUAUUAUUCUGACAUUUCACAUUCUUAAAAUAAAGUGAUGAUCCUAACUGACCUAAGAUAGGGAAUUUUUACUAGGAUUAAAUUUCAGGAAUUGUGAAAAACUGAGUUUAAAUGUAUUUGCCUAAGGUGUAUGUAAACUUCCGACUUCAACUGUAAAUUGAGGUGAGUGUUCAUGAUAAUCAUCUUUAGUCUGGUUUGUUCAUCUAUUAGCACUGAUCAGAACAUUUUGCUAGCAUGUUAUGUAGGCUAGUAUAACAACUGGAUUAUUUUGCUCUUCACUCGCGUAGUAGCCUAUAUCCCGACCAAAAGCCCUUGACCUGUCUGAUAAUCAAUCAAUGUGAUUUUGUUUCACUGAAUCAAUCUCCAUUUAGAUAGAACAACUUCCUAAUAUUGAGUUGCAUGCCCCUCCCCCCUUUGCCCAAUUUUGUUAGGGUAUGAACGAAAGCGUUCCACAGGGAUGCUGGCCCAUGUUGACUCCAAUGCUUCCCACAGUUGUCAAGUUGGCUGGAUGUCCUUUGGGUGGUGGACCAUUCUUGAUGCACAUGGGAAACUGUUGAGCGUGAAAAUCCCAGCUGCGUUGCAGUGUUUGACACAAACCGCUGCGUUUGGCACCUACCACCAUACCAUGUUCAAAGGCACUGUUCAAAGGAACUUUUGUCUUGCCCAUUCACCCUCUGAAUGGCACAUAUACACAAUCCAUGUUUCAAUUGUCUCAAGGCUUAACAAGUAUUAUUUAACUUGUCCCCUCCCCUUCAUCUACACUGAUUGAAAUGGAUUUAACAGGUGACAUCAAUAAGGGAUCAUAUAUUUCACCUGGUCAGUCUAUCAUGGAAAGAGCAGGUGUUCAUAAUGUUUUGUCCACUCAGUGUAGUUAUUUAAUUAUUUGAUCUCUGGCUGGGCAAGUGGAGGUGGUAGCUCAUCUAUUCGUUUUUUGUCAUCUAUCACUGAUCUGACAAAUUUAACUAGCAUGCUAUAAUGUAGCAUAAAUCAAGUGUAUUGUAUUAUUUUGCUAUUGACUUGCACACAGGCAAUUCAAAAAGCCUACGGAGGUUGUGAAAUAUGAACAUGAGACUCCUAUCCUUGUGAAAAUAUAGAUUGCUAUUAUUUUCUUUGCGUAUCUUGAUAAAGAUCAUCACAAUUUAACACCCUACGCCUGCUCCCUACUGGCGUAGAAUCUAUGCCCAGGGGUAGCUCGUAGAAGGGCUUACACGCAGGUGGUGCGACGGGUAUCAUUUUAUGCCGGACGUAGAGUUACGACCCACUUAUGACCAACUGGUGCAACUGGCCCCAGCAGACUAAGAUCUGUCACUGUCUCUCUCCUCACCCAGGCGGCCAUGUACGUCCAGCUGACGGAGGUGGCAGAGUUCUGCUGUUCCUUCCUGCUGUCUAAGAUCUGUCUGGAGAACUGUGCUGAGAUCAUGAGGCUGCUGGAGGACUUCAGCGUGGGGGUGGAGGGCGUGCAGGAGCAGCUCGACAACUUCCUGCUGGAGAACUUUGUUCCUCUGAUGAGCAAACCUGACUUCCUGCUCUACCUCAGCCUGGAGAGACUGCAGGUGUGGUGGAAGAACUGACUGGCACCCCCUAGUUAACUGUGUGUGUGUGUACCUGAACAGUGAUGCUUUGAGCUCUUUAUAACAGGUGAUAUAUUCUUGUUAACUGUGUGUGUGUGUGUCAGGCGUACCUGGACAGUGAUGCCCUAAGUCGGUUCCCAGAGAUAGAGCUGUAUGACUCUGUCCAGUCCUGGCUACGACACGACCGGCGCCGCUGGAGACACACAGACACUGUCGUCCAGUCUCUACGCUUCUGUCUCAUGACCCCUGCUAACGUCUUCGAGAAGGUAAGACACACACAAAGAGUGUUGCAUGAUAUACUGGUAUCAUGGUACCAAAAAGUCAUGAUACUUAUGAAACCAACAUUUUAGAAUACCGUAGUACCGUUUCAUAUGAUACUACCAAGUUUUCCAGCCCUUACCGAUCUGAAGAACCUGCUGGCGCCUGUUAUGAAAUGUUUAUAAAGUCAGUUUUGUUUAUGCAUUCGGUUGAAUUUAAGCAACAUUGACUAGUCUCUUGUAUGCGCUGGUCCAAUAAUAUCCACUUCACUUUCAUGCGUAUAUCACGUGUGGCAGCUGUAAUCAGCCAGCCGCAUCCCCUACCAGCCCUCACUCACCUGCUUCUCUCCGGCCGCUCUUCAUGCUCGUCAAUUCCUCCAUCAGUUAAAAAAUAUAUAAUUUAGCCGUGAUGGCGAGCGGGAAUGCAGACCCAGACCCUGAUGAGUCUUCUGUUGUUAGAUUUGUACAUUUCUUAUUUUGGAGCUGCGUGCAAAGCGAUUGCCUGUUAUAACCAAGAGCACAGACCAGUCUGAAUAGACUUUGAAAGUUCACUGUCAUGCAGCCUCUGAGUGUCAGAGAGGGAAAAUUGAGCACCGCUUCGCGACAGGCAUGCUUGCAGCUUUACAACAAAGAAAACAGCUUGUCUCUAGCCUAAACUGUUAAAAAAUAUCACCCAUAUUACCGGAGAUGCCUUUCUUUCUUUGUAUCGAGAUUUACGCGAAUUUUAUAUAAUUUCACAAAUGUCGCGGGCCGUUUUAAACUAAUCCGGGUCGCUAAUUAUUGGUUUGAUAACAAACAACGUUGUUCAGUCAUGUUACCUAGCUAGCUAACAACCUGGUAACUGGACAGUAGGUUUAGGCUCAUCUGAUUGGCCCAGGAAGAAAGGUAAAGGUUAUGCUACUCAUGAGAUGUGAUUCAAAAGGUAGGAUUCUUAUAGGCCUAAUGGAAGCCUAAACUAUAUCAAAAAUCGAAUGGCGCCGGAGGGGAUGGCUGCCGUUUUAUGGACUCUUAACCAACUGUGCUAUUUUGUUAGUUUUUUCGCAUUGUUUGUAACUUAUUUUGUACAUAAUGUUGCUGCUACCGUCUCUUAUGACUGAAAAGAGCUUCUGGACAUCAGAACAGCGAUUACUCCCCUUGAACUGGACAAAUAAUUUUUAUUUAAUGAGUCAGACGAGAGGGAUUUGCUCCAGACACCCGACAGGGCCCUCAUCCCCGUCAUUCGCAGUAGAAAGAAAAGGAGAUAUCGCGGAAGGAGAUCGGGGUGCCUGGUAAGGAGCCGGCGACGAGUGGCUAAUCUGCCUUUGCCAUUGAUAAUAUUGGCCAAUGUACAAUCGCUUGAUAAGAAAGUGGACGAACUACAAGCACGUAUAUCCUACCAACGGGACAUUAAAAACUGUAAUAUCUUAUGUUUCACCGAGUCGUGGCUGAACGACGACAUGAAUAACAUACAGCUGGCGGGUUAUACACUGUAUCGGCAGGGUAGAACAGCAGCCUCUGGUAAGACAAGGGUUGGCGGUCUAUGUAUAUUUGUAAACAACAGCUGGUGCACGAUAUCUAAGGAAGUCUCAAGGUUUUGCUCGCCUGAGGUAGAGUAUCUCAUGAUAAGCUGUAGACCAAGAGAGUUUUCAUCUAUAUUCUUCGUAGCUGUCUAUUUACCACCACAAACCGAUGCUGGCACUAAGACCGCACUCAAUGAACUGUAUACUGUAAAAGGAAAACGCUCAUCCAGAGGCGGUGCUCCUAGUGGCUGGGGACUUUAAUGCAGGGAAACUUAUAUCCGAUUUACCUAAUUUCUACCAGCAUGUUAAAUGUGCAACCAGACGGAAAAAAACUCUAGACCAUCUUUACUCCACACACAGAGACAUGUACAAAGCUCUCCCUCGUCCUCCAUUUGGCAAAUCUGACCAUAAUUCUAUCCUCCUGAUUCCUGAUUACAAGCAAAAACUAAAGCAGGAAGGACCAGUGACUCGGUCAAUAAAAAAGUGGUCAGUUGAAGCAGAUGCUAAGCUACAGGACUGUUUUGCUAGCACAGACUGGAAUAUGUUCCUGGAUUCUUCUAAUGGCAUUGAGGAGUACACCACAUCAGUCACUGGCUUCAUCAAUAAGUGCAUUGAUGACGUCGUCCCCACAGUGACUGUACGUACAUACCCCAACCAGAAGCCAUGGAUUACAGGCAACAUCCGCACUGAGCUAAAGAGUAGAGCUGCCGCUUUCAAGGAGUGGGACUCUAAACCGGAAGCUUAUAAGAAAUCCCGCUAUGCCCUCCGACGAACCAUCAAACAGGCAAAGCGUCAAUACAGGACUAAGAUCGAAUCGUACUACACCGGUUCCGACGCUCGUCGGAUGUGGCAGGGCUUGCAAACUAUUACAGACUACAAAGGGAAGCACAGCCGUGAGCUGCCCAGUGACACAAGCCUGCCAGACGAGCUAAAUUACUUCUAUGCUCGCUUCCAGGCAAAUAACACUGAAACAUGCAUGAGAGCAUCAGCUGUUCCGGACUACUGUGUGAUCACGCUCUCCGUAGCCGAUGUGAGUAAGACCUUUAAACAGGUCAACAUUCACAAGGCCGCAGGGCCAGACGGAUUACCAGGACGUGUACUCCAAGCAUGCGCUGACAUUUUCAACCUCUCCCUGUUUGAGUCUGUAAUACCAGCAUGUUUUAAGCAGACCACCAUAGUCCCUGUGCCCAAGAACACUAAGGUAACCUGCCUAAAUUACUACCGCCCCUUAGCACUCACAGUGUAGCCAUGAAGUGCUUUGAAAGGCUGGUCAUGGCUCACAACACCAUUAUCCCAGAAACCCUAGACCCACUCCAAUUUGCAUACCGCCCCAACAGAUCCACAGAUGAUGCAAUCUCUAUUGCGCUCCACACUGCCCUUUCACACCUGGACAAAAGGAACACCUAUGUGAGAAUGAUAUUAAUUGACUACAGCUCAGCGUUCAACACCAUAGUGCCCUCAAAGCUCAUCACUAAGCUAAGGACCCUGGGACUAAACACCUCCCUCUGCAGCUGGAUCCUGACGGGCCGCCCCCAGGUGGUAAGGGUAGGUAACAACACAUCCGCCAAUCUGCUCCUCAACACGGGGACCCCUCAGGGGUGCGUGCUCAGUCCCCUCCUGUACUCCCUGUUCACGCAUGACUGCAUGGCCAGGCACGACUCCAACACCAUCAUUAAGUUUCCCGAUGACACAACAGUGGUAGGCCUGAUCACCGACAACGACGCGACAGCCUAUAGGGAGCAGGUCAGAGACCUGGCCGUGUGGUGCCAGGACAACAACCUCUCCCUCAACGUGAUCAAGACAAAGGAGAUGAUUGUGGACUACAGGAAAAAGAAGAGGACCGAGCAUGCCCCCAUUCUCAUUGACUGGGCUGUAGAGCAGGUAGAGAGCUUCAAGUUCCUUGGUGUCCACAUCACCAACAAACUAACAUGGUCCAAGCACACCAAGACAGUCGUGAAGAGGGCACGACAAAACCUAUUCCCCCUAAGGAGACUGAAAAGAUAUGGCAUGGGUCCUCAGAUCCUCAAAAGGUUCUACAGCUGCACUAUCGAGAGCAUCCUGACUGGUUGCAUCACUGCCUGGUAUGGCAAUUGCUUGGCAUCCGACCGCAAGAGGCUUCUAAACAGCUUCUACCCCCAAGCCAUAAGACUCCUGAACAUCUAAUCCAGACUCCUGAACAUCUAAUCCAGUACCCAGACUAUUUGCAUUGCCCCCCUCCCCCCUCUUUUAUGCUGCUGCUACUCUGUUUAUUAUCUAUGCAUAGUCACUUUAAUAACUCUACCUACAUGUACAUAUUACCUCGACUAACCGGUGCUCCCACACAUUGACUCGGUACCGGUACCCCCUGUAUAUAGCCUCGCUAUUGUUAUUUUACUGCUGCUCUUUUAAUUAUAAUUAUUAUUAUUACAUUUUUUUAGUAUUCUUUCUUAAAACUGCAUUGUUGGUUAAGGGCUUGUAAGUAAGCAUUUCACUUGGUGCAUGUGACAAAUAAAAUUUGAUUUGAUUUUAAAUCUAUUUAUUUCUGGUGUGCCUUUAAAUUCUGUUUGGUGCCUAACGUUUUAAAAGUUGGGAGCAGUAUGUGUGGGAGAGAGAGUGGUGUGUGUUUCUGAGAGUGAGGGAGACAGAGAGAGUGUGUGAGGAAGGGGGGAGUGUGUGUGUCAGUGUUAACUGAAGAGUAAAGGUUUCAUGCAGUGUUUUCCCCUUACUGAAACAAUUACAUUUACAUUUCUACAUUUUAGUCAUUUAGCAGAUGCUCUUAUCCAGAGCAACUUACACUUAGUGCAUUCAUCUUAAGAUAGCUAGGUGGGACAACCACAUAUAUUCAGACAUAGAAAGUAAAAAAAUUUGCUCAAUAACGUAGCUGUCAGUAGAGUCAGCGCUAGAAGGUGGGUGGGGGUGUUUGAGUGUAUUUUUGAAUUGUUUAAUUUUUAAUUUUUAAAUUGGGGGGGGGGAUCGAGAUGAGGAGGAGGAUUAUUUAAGAUACUGUUUGAAGAGGUAUGGUUUCAGAUGUUUUCGGAAGAUGAGCAGGGACUCUGCUGUCCAAGCUUCAGGGGGAAGUUGGUUCCACCAUUGGGGUGCCAGGACCGAGAAGAGCUUGGACUGGGCUGAGCGGGAGCUGCCCUCCUGUAGGUGUGGGAUGGCCAAGAGACCUGAGGUGACAGAACGGAGUGCUCGGGUUGGGGUGUAGGAUUGAGCAUAGCCUGAAGGUAGGGAGGGGCAGUUCCUCUAGCUGUUCCGUAGGUAAGCAACAUGUUAUUGUAGUGGAUGCGAGCUUCGACUGGAAGCCAGUGGAGGGUGCGGAGGAGCGGGGUGACAUGAGAGAACUUGGGAAGGUUUAAAACCAGGCAACAGUGAGUUGCAGUAGUCCAGAUGGGAGAGGACUAGUGCCUGGAUUAGGACCUGCGAUGCUUCCUGUGUGAGGUAGGGUCAUACUCUACGGAUGUUGUAGAGCAUGAAGCUGCAGGAGCGGAUCACUGCUUUGAUGUUUGCAGAGAACGACAGGGUGUUGUCCAGGGUCACGCCAAGUUUCUUUGCAGUCUGGGAGGGUGACACUGCGGAGUUGUCAACCAUGAUGGAGAGGUCUUUGAGCGGGCAUGCCUUCCCCGGGAGGAAGAGCAGUUCCGUCUUGUCAAGGUUGAGCUUGGUGGGCCGAAAUCCAAGUUGAGAUAUGUGCCAGGCAUGCAGAGAUGCAUGUCGCCACCUGGGUGUCAGAAGGGGGGAAGGAGAAAAGUAGUUGAGUGUCAUCCGCAUAGCAAUGAUAGGAGAGACCAUGUGAGGAUACGACGGAGCCGAGUGACUUGGUGUAGAGAGAGAAGAGGAGAGGGCCUAGAAUCGAGACCUGGGGGACACCAGUAGUGAGAGGACGUGAUGCAGACACAGAUCCUCUCCACGUCACCUGGUAGGAGGGGCCUGCAAGGUAGGAUGCAAUCCAAGAGUGUGCAUAGCCUGAGAUGCCCAGCCCUGAGAGGGUGGAGAGGAGGAUCUGAUGGUUCACGGUGUCAAAGGCAGGGGAUAGAUCUAGGAGGAUGAGAACAGAGGAGAGAGAGUCAGCUUUGGCAGUGCAGAGAGCCUCCGUGACACAGAGAAGAGCAGUCUCGGUUGAGUGACCCGUCUUGAAGCCUGACUGGUUAGGGUCAAGAAGAUCAUUCUGAGAGACAUGCAGAUCAUUAUGCAUGUACAGUGCCUUCGGAAAGUAAAAAUCCUCAUCAAUCUACACACAAUACCCCAUAAUGACAAAGCGAAAACAGGUUUUUAGAAAUUUCUGCAAAUGUAUUAAAAAUAACAAGCAGAAAUACCUUAUUUACAUACACUACCAGUCAUGUUUGGACACACCUACUCAUUCAAGGGUUUUUCUUUAUUUUAACUAUUUCUUAUAUUGUAGAAUAAUAGUGAAGACAUCAAAACUAUGAAAUAACACAUAUGGAAUCAUAUAAUAACCAAAAAAGUGUUAAACAAAUCAAAAUAUAUGUUAUAUUUGAGAUUCUUCAAAUAGCCACCCUUUGCCUUGAUGACAGCUUUCCACACUCUUGGUAUUCUCUCAACCAGCUUCAAUCAACAGGUGUGCCUUCUUAAAAGUAAAUUUGUGGAAUUUCUUUCGUUAAUGCUUUUGAGCCAAUCAGUUGUGUUGUGACAAGGUAGGGGGGAUAUACAGAAGAUCGCCCUAUUUGGUAAAAUACCAAGUCCAUAUUAUGGCAAGAACAGCUCAAAUAAGCAAAGAGAAAUGACAGUCCAUCAUUACUUUAAGACAUGAAGGUCAGUCAAUACGGAACAUUUCAAGAAUUGUGAAAGUUUCUUCAAGUGCAGUCGCAAAAACCAUCAAGCGCUAUGAUGAAACUGGCUCUCAUGAGGAACGCCACAGGAAUGGAAGACCCAGAGUUACCUCUGCUGCAGAGGAUAAGUUCAUUAGAGUUACCAUCCUCAGAAAUUGCAACCCAAAUAAAUGCUUCACAGAGUUCAAGUAACCGACACAUCUCAACAUCAACUGUUCAGAGGGGACUGUGUGAAUCAGGCCUUCAUGGUCGAAUUGCUGCAAAGAAACCACUACUAAAGGACACCAAUAAGAAGAAGAGACUUGCUUGGGCCAAGAAACACGAGCAAUGGACAUUAGACCGGUGGAAAUGUGUCCUUUGGUCUGGAGUCCAAAUUUGAGAUUUUUGGUUCCAACCACCGUGUCUUUGUGAGAUGCGGUGUGGGUGAACAGAUGAUCUCCGCAUGUGUAUUUCCCACCGUAAAGCAUGGAGGAGGAGGAGUUAUGGUGUGGAGGUGCUUUGCUGGUGACACUGUCUGUGACCUCAACCCAAUUGAGAUGGUUUGGGAUGAGUCAGACCGCAGAGUGAAGGAAAAGCAGCCAACAAGUGCUCAGCGUUUGUGGGGACUCCUUCAAGACUGUUGGAAAAGCAUUCCAGGUGAAGCUGUUUGAGAGAAUGCCUAGAGUGUGCAAAGCUGUCAUCAAGGCAAAGUGUGGCUAUUUGAAGAAUCUCAAAUAUAAAAUACAGUGGGGGGAAAAAAGUAUUUAGUCAGCCACCAAUUGUGCAAGUUCUCCCAUUUAAAAAGAUGAGAGAGGCCUGUAAUUUUCAUCAUAGGUACACGUCAACUAUGACAGACAAAUUGAGAAUAUUUUUUUUUCCAGAAAAUCACAUUGUAGGAUUUUUUAUGAAUUUAUUUGCAAAUUAUGGUGGAAAAUAAGUAUUUGGUCAAUAACAAAAAAAUCUCAAUACUUUGUUAUAUACCCUUUGUUGGCAAUGACACAGGUCAAACGUUUUCUGUAAGUCUUCACAAGGUUUUCACACACUGUUGCUGGUAUUUUGGCCCAUUCCUCCAUGCAGAUCUCCUCUAGAGCAGUGAUGUUUUGGGGCUGUCGCUGGGCAACACUGACUUUCAACUCCCUCCAAAGAUUUUCUAUGGGGUUGAGAUCUGGAGACUGGCUAGGCCACUCCAGGACCUUGAAAUGCUUGGUUGCCCGGGCGGUGUGUUUGGGAUCAUUGUCAUGCUGAAAGACCCAGCCACGUUUCAUCUUCAAUGCCCUUGCUGAUGGAAGGAGGUUUUCACUCAAAAUCUCACGAUACAUGGCCCCAUUCAUUCUUUCCUUUACACAGAUCAGUCGUCCUGGUCCCUUUGCAGAAAAACAGCCCCAAAGCAUGAUGUUUCCACCCCCAUGCUUCACAGUAAGUAUGGUGUUCUUUGGAUGCAACUCAGCAUUAUUUGUCCUCCAAACACGACGAGUUGAGUUUUUACCAAAAAGUUCUAUUUUGGUUUCAUCUGACCAUAUGACAUUCUCCCAAUCCUCUUCUGGAUCAUCCAAAUGCACUCUAGCAAACUUCAGACGGGCCUGGACAUGUACUGGCUUAAGCAGGGGGACACGUCUGGCACUGCAGGAUUUGAGUCCCUGGCGGCGUAGUGUGUUACUGAUGGUAGGCUUUGUUACUUUGGUCCCAGCUCUCUGCAGGUCAUUCACUAGGUCCCCCCGUGUGGUUCUGGGAUUUUUGCUCACCGUUCUUGUGAUCAUUUUGACCCCACGGGGUGAGAUCUUGCGUGGAGCCCCAGAUCGAGGGAGAUUAUCAGUGGUCUUGUAUGUCUUCCAUUUCCUAAUAAUUGCUCCCACAGUUGAUUUCUUCAAACCAAGCUGCUUACCUAUUGCAGAUUCAGUCUUCCCAGCCUGGUGCAGGUCUACAAUUUUGUUUCUGGUGUCCUUUGACAGCUCUUUGGUCUUGGCCAUAGUGGAGUUUGGAGUGUGACUGUUUGAGGUUGUGGACAGGUGUCUUUUAUACUGAUAACAAGUUCAAACAGGUGCCAUUAAUACAGGUAACGAGUGGAGGACAGAGGAGCCUCUUAAAGAAGAAGUUACAGGUCUGUGAGAGCCAGAAAUCUUGCUUGUUUGUAGGUGACCAAAUAUUUAUUUUCCACCAUAAUUUGCAAAUAAAUUCAUAAAAAAUCCUACAAAGAUCUCACCUCGUAGAGUUGCAAUGAUCAUGAAAACGGUGAGGAAUCAGCCCAGAACUACACGGGAGGAUCUUGUCAAUGAUCUCAAGGCAGCUGGGACCAUAGUCACCAAGAAAACAAUUGGUAACACACUAUGCCGUGAAGGACUGAAAUCCUGCAGCGCCCGCAAGGUCCCCCUGCUCAACAAAGCACAUAUACAGGCCCGUCUGAAGUUUGCCAAUGAACAUCUGAAUGAUUCAGAGGAGAAAUGUGUGAAAGUGUUGUGGUCAGAUGAGACCAAAAUCGAGCUCUUUGGCAUCAACUCGCCGUGUUUUGAGGAGGAAUGCUGCCUAUGACCCCAAGAACACCAUCCCCACCGUCAAACAUGGAGGUGGAAAUUAUGCUUUGGGGGUGUUUUUCUGCUAAGGGGACAGGACAACUUCACCGCAUCAAAGGGACGAUGGACGGGGCCAUGUACCGUCAAAUCUUGGGUGAGAACCUCCUUCCCUCAGCCAGGGCAUUGAAAAUGGGCCGUGGAUGGGUAUUCCAGCAUGACAAUGACCCAAAACACACGGCCAAGGUAACAAAGGAGUGGCUCAAGAAGAAGCACAUUAAGGUCCUGGAGUGGCCUAGCCAGUCUCCAGACCUUAAUCCCAUAGAAAAUCAGUGGAGGGAGCUGAAGGUUCGAGUUGCCAAACGUCAGCCUCGAAACCUUAAUGACUUGGAGAAGAUCUGCAAAGAGGAGUGGGACAAAAUCCCUCCUGAGAUGUGUGCAAACCUGGUGGCCAACUACAAGAAAUGUCUGACCUCUGUGAUUGCCAACAAGGGUUUUGCCACCAAGUACUAAGUCAUGUUUUGCAGAGGGGUCAAAUACUUAUUUCCCUUAUUAAAAUGGAAAUCAAUUUAUAACAUUUUUGACAUGUGUUUUUCUGGAUUUUUUUGUUGUUAUUCUGUUUCUCACUGUUCAAAUAAACCUACCAUUAAAAUUAUAGACUGAUCAUGUCUUUGUCAGUGGGCAAACGUACAAAAUCAGCAGGGGAUCAAAUACUCUUUUCCCUCACUGUAGGCCUUUGAAAAUAUGAGCAAUUCAGCCAUUCUAUGCAGUAUUCUAUUAUACACUGAACAGUGUGAAGUAAAAUUCAAUGUGUUGUAUUGAGUAGGUUUUUGGAGAAUGUUUAGAAAACGUGAACAAGCGUCCGGGGGACGGGGCGAACAGGAUACUAGGUCACAGAUUUUUUCCCACCGCGGUAUCGCGAUAAGAUCAAAUCAAAUGUUAUUGGUCACAUGCGCCGAAUACAACAGGUGUAGACCUUACAGUGAAAUGCUUACUUACAAGCCCUUAACCAACAAUGCAGUUUUAAGAAAAAUAAGUGUUAAGUAAAAAAUCAAUAACAAAUAAUUAAAGAGCAGCAGUAAAAUAACAGUAGCGAGGCUAUAUACAGGGGGUACUGGUACAGAGUCAAUGUGUGGGGGCACAGGUUAGUCGAGGUAAUUGAGGUAAUAUGUACAUGUACAGUUGAAGUCGGAAAUUUACAUACACCCUAGCCAAAUGCAUUUAAACUCAGUUUUUCACAAUUCCUGACAUUUAAUCCUUGUAAAAAGGACAGUUAGGAUCACCACUUUAUUUUAAGAAUGUGAAAUGUUAGAAUAAUAGUAGAAAUAAUUAUUUAUUUCAGCUUUUAUUUCUUUCAUCACAUUCCCAGUGGGUCAGAAGUUUACAUUCACUCAAUUAGUAUUUGGUAGCAUUGCCUUUAAAUUGUUUAACUUGGGUCAAACGUUUCGGGUAGCCUUCCACAAGCUUCCCACAAUAAGUUGGGUGAAUUUUGGCCCAUUCCUCCUGACAGAGCUGGUGUAACUGAGUCACGUUUGUAGGCUUUCUUGCUUGCACACGCCUUUUCAGUUCUACCCACAAAUGUUCUAUAGGAUUGAGGUCAGGGCUUGUGAUGGCCACUCCAAUACCUUGACUUUGUUGUCCUUAAGCCAUUUUGCCACAACUUUGGAAGUAUGCUUGGGGUCAUUGUCAAUUUAGAAGACCCAUUUGCGACCAAGCUUUAGCUUCCUGACUGAUGUCUUGAGAUAUUCACAUAAUUCACAUAAUUUUCCUUCCUCAUGAUGCCAUCUAUUUUGUGAAGUGCACCAUUCCCACCUGCAGCUAAGCACCCCCACAGCAUGAUGCUGCCACUCCCGUUCUUCACGGUUGGGAUGGUGUUCUUCAGCUUGCAAGCCACCCCCUUUUUUCCUCCAAACAUAACGAUUGUCUUAAUGGCCGAACAGUUCUAUUUUUGUUUCAUCAGACCAGAGGACAUUUCUCCAAAAAGUACGAUCUUUGUCCCCAUGUGCAGUUGCAAACCGUAGUCUGGCUUUUUUAUGGCGGUUUGGAGCAGUGGCUUCUUCCUUGCUGAGCGGCCUUUCAGGUUAUGUCGAUAUAGGACUCGUUUUACUGUGGCUAUAGAUACUUUUGUACCUGUUUCCUCCAGCAUCUUCACAAGGUCCUUUGCUGUUGUUCUACGUUUAUCUCUAGGAGACAGAACGCGUCUCCUUCCUGAGCGGUAUGACGGCUGUGUGGUUCCAUGGUGUUUAUACUUGUGUACUAUUGUUUGUACAGAUGAACGUGUUACCUUCAGGCGUUUGGAAAUUGCUCCCAAGGAUGAACCAGACUUGUGGAGAUCUACAAAAAAAAAUUCUGAGGUCUUGGCAGAUUUCUUUUGAUUUUCCCAUGAUGUCAAGCAAAGAGGCACUGAGUUUGAAGGUAGGCCUUGAAAUACAUCCACAGGUACACCUCCAAUUGACUCAAAUGAUGUCAAAUAGCCUAUCAGAAGCUUCUAAAGCCAUGACAUCAUUUUCUGGAAUUUUCCAAGCUGUUUAAAUGCACAGUCAACUUAGUGUAUGUAAACUUCUGACCCACUGGAAUUGUGAUACAGUGAAUUAUAAGUGAAAUAAUCUGUUAGUAAACAAUUGUUGGAAAAAUUACUUGUGUCAUGCACAAAGUAGAUGUCCUAACCGACUUGCCAAAACUAUAGUUUGUUAACAAGAAAUUUGUGGAGUGGUUGAAAAACUAGUUUUAAUGACUCCAACCUAAGUGUAUGUAAACUUCCGACUUCAACUGUAGGUAGAGUUAAAGUGACUAUGCGUAGAUGAUAAACAGAGAGUGGCAGCAGCAUAAAAGAGUAGAGGGGGAGGGGGGGGUAAAUGCAAAUUGUCCAGGUAGCCAUUUGAUUAGCUGUUCAGGAGUCUUAUGGCUUGGGGGGUAGAAGCUGUUAAGAAGCCUUUUGGACCUAGACUGGCUGACUAGGGUAGCUGGAAUCUUUGACAAUUUUUAGGGCCUUCCUCUGACACCGCCUGGUAUAGAGGUCCUGGAUAGCAGGAAGCUUGGCCCCAGCGAUGUACUGGGCCGUACGCACUACCCUCUGUAUUGCCUUGCGGUCGGAGGCUGAGCAGUUGCCAUACCAGGCAGUGAUGCAACCAGUCAUGAUGCUCUCGAUGGUGCAGCUGUAGAACCUUUUGAGGAUCUGAGGACCCAUGCCAAAUCUUUUCAGUCUACUGAGGGGGAAUAGGCUUUGUCGUGCCCUCAUCACGACUGUCUUGGUGUGUUUGGACCAUGAUAGUUUGUUGGUGAUGUGGACACCAAGGAACUUGAAGCUCUCAACCUGCUCCACUACAGCCCUGUCGAUGAGAAUGGGGGCGUGCUCGGUCCUCCUUUUCCUGUAGUCACAAUCAUCUCCUUUGUCUUGAUCACGUUGAGGGAGAGGUUGUUAUCCUGGCACCACACAGUCAGGUCCCUGACCUCCUCCCUAUAGGCUGUCUCAUCGUUGUCGGUGAUCAGGCCUACCACCGUUGUGUCGUCAGCAAACUUAAUGAUGGUGUUGGAGUCGUGCCUGGCCUUGCAGUCAUGCGUGAACAGGGAGUACAGGAGGGGACUGAGCACACACCCCUGAGGGGCCCCCGUGUUGAGGAUCAGCGUGGCAGAUGUGUUGUUACCUACCCUUACCACCUGGGGGCGGCCCGUCAGGAAGUCCAGGAUCCAGUUGCAGAAGGAGGUGUUUAGUCCCAGGGUCCUUAGCUUAGUGAUGAGCUUUGAGGGCACUAUGGUGUUGAACGCUGAGCUGUAGUCAAUUAAUAGCAUUCUCACAUAGGUGUUCCUUUUGUCCAGGUGGGAAAGGGCAGUGUGGAGUGCAGUAGAGAUUGCAUCAUCUGUGGAUCUGUUGGGGCGGUAUGCAAAUCGGAGUGGGUCUAGGGUUUCUGGGAUAAUGGUGUUGAUGUGAGAUACUACUCGGUAUCGUGAUACUUGGCCUGGUAUUGUAUCGUUUGUAAAAUGUUGGUGUUGUGGCAAGCCUACACACAACAAUACACACACACAGAAACAUACACACACUUACUGACACUGUUGCAAGAUGAGUCACACAUAUGGUUCCUGCUUUUCUUAAUGAUACCUCUGAAUAACUCUUCAUCUCCCUCAGGUGAAGACGUCAGAGUUCUAUCGUUACUCUCGACAGCUGCGUCAGGAGGUGGACCAGGCUCUCAGCUACUUCCACGACGUCAACGAGCAGCCGCUGGUCGAGACGCGGUCCAACCGCAUCCGCUCGGUCCGACCGCAGACAGCCGUGUUCAGGGGCAUGAUCGGACACAGCAUGGUCAACAGCAAGAUCCUACUGCUGCACAAACCCAAGGUAAGAUCAUACGGCUGCACAGACCCAAGGUAAAAUCAUACGGCUGCACAGACCGAAGGUAUGAUCCUACUUCUGCACAGACCCAAGGUAUGAUCCUACUUCUGCACAGACCCAAGGUAUGAUCCUACUGCUGCACAGACCGAAGGUAUGAUCCUACUGCUGCACAGACCGAAGGUAUGAUCCUACUUCUGCACAGACCCAAGGUAAAAUCCUACUGCUGUACAGACCCAUGGUAAAAUCCUACUGCUGCACAGACCCAAGGUAAAAUCCUACUGCUGUACAGACCCAAGGAAGAGGCAUUAGGCCUACGGGGUGUGGAAACUUUUGUUACAGCCAUGCUCUAAAUAUGUCAGGUGUAAUGUUUAUUUUGCAACAUUAUAGACACAUUAUACACACGAUACACACAUAACAUACACAUAAUGUGGCUAGAAUGUGUCUUUACUUUUACGUUUCUUGGUAAAACAUUUACUUGGACGGUGAUGCCCCAGGGGUAUGUUGAAUUACCUGCCAUCUUUGCCCAAGAAAUGGCUAGGAACCUUAAGGGUUUUGUUGCUCCUGGUGGAAGCAUUUUGGUUCAAUAUGUUGAUGAUUUGUUGGUUUGCUCACAAUCAGAGGAGAUAUGUCACGAGGACAAUCGGCCAUUGUUCAUUUUCUUAGCAGAAAAUGGUCAUAAAGUUUCUAUAAUGUGUCUAUAAAGUGUCGAAGUCUGUGGAUAAUGUGUAUAAUAUAUCUAUAACGUGUCUAUAGCUGUGUUCGAAUACCCAUACUAACAUAGUGUAUACUACACUAAACGAACGGUAUCCUUUCAGUUGAGUGUACUAGAUCUUCGCCUGUCUACUGGAAGUUGAUGCUGUUGCUUUGCAACUUCUUGCUAGCUUGUUAGCAUAGCUAACAAAUUACUAGCUAGACAUCUUACGACUUCAUUAACAAUGUCCAUUGAGAACGCACAACGUCUAUACCACUUAACUAAGCUAAGAAUUACGUGAAUAAUCAAGUCAAUAAACGUUGGUUAGUUAGAUAGCAUAUAGUUAAUAUACAGGCAAGUUCGACGUAUUAGUAGCCAACUAACGAGGUAGCUAGCUAACAUACCGGUACAUACAAGCAACUGCUGUAAUGAUAUGCUAUGUGGUUCGUAAGGAUUGCAUAGCUAACAAAUUGUCAGGCAACAUAACGUGGAACCUAACUUAUUUGAAAAGUCAUUACUUUAUUACAGUGCUCAACAUUUUCUUAACAUAAUUAGUUAAAGCAAAGAAUUUGUAUGCGCUCUCAUCGGACUUCGGCUGCAUAUUUCCUGCCAUUUUCUUCAAAUCUGAAAAUGUUGUGCAGCCACGCCCAUUUUCUAAAGAAUUGCAUUAUGGGCCCUAAAAGCACGGAAAAUGUGUCCACUGCUUGUAUACUACGUAUUUUGGCGAGUGUAGUACGACAUCAGGGAACUUUUGGCAUAAUAACUAUAUCCAUACUAUGACCAAUAAGCAUACUACAUACUCAACUUGUCUAUAAUGUGUAUGUCUAUAAUGUGUAUGUCUAUAAUGUGUAUAAAGUGUCUGUAAUGUGUGUAUGACCUGUCUGUAGGUGUGGUGGGAGUUGGAAGGUCCCCAGGUCCCCCUCCGUCCAGACUGCUUGGCCAUCGUCAACAACUUUGCCUUCCUGCUGGGGGGGGAGGAGCUAGGGUCUGACGGGGAGUUCCACGCCUCCUCUAAAGUCUACCGCUACGACCCCCGCCAGAACUCCUGGCUACGCAUGGCUGACAUGUCUGUACCCAGGUCUGUAGUUGUCAGUUCCCAGGUGUGACAUGGUUUCAUGUUUGUACAAGAUCUAUUAGGUGCAUAAUUUAUAUAAAUAAAAAUAGGGGGGGAAAGUGUCAUUUUAAUUUUUUAUGUCUUCACUUCCAGGUCAGAGUUUGCAGUGGGGGUCAUCGGUAAGUUCAUCUACGCGGUGGCUGGGCGGACGCGGGAUGAGACGUUCUACUCCACGGAACGCUAUGACAUCACGGCGGACCGCUGGGAGUUUGUGGAUCCGUACCCAGUCAACAAGUACGGUCACGAGGGCACGGUCCUGAAUGGGAAACUCUACAUCACCGGAGGAAUCACUUCCUCAUCCACCUCUAAACAGGUGUGUGUGUUCGACCCGGGGUGGGACACGGGGGGAGGGAUGUGUCUAUUCGACCCGGGUCGGGACGUGGGGGGAGGGGUGUGUGUGUUCGACCCUGGGCGGGACGCGGGGGUAGGGGUGUGUGUGGCGGGCUCUGCAGGAGCAGGAACAACGGACACACACAGGACGCGUUCAGCCCGCACCCCCCUCCUCCCCAACACACACACACCCACCAGCUCCUGGGAGAACAAGUCGAAGAUGAAUUACGCUCGCUGCUUCCACAAGAUGAUCUCCCACAACGGGAAGCUAUACGUGUUCGGGGGGGUGUGUGUGAUCCUCCGGGCGUCGUUCGAGUCGCAGGGCUGCCCAUCCACGGAGGUCUACGACCCUGAGACAGAUGAGUGGACCAUCCUGGCGUCAAUGCCCAUCGGGCGCAGUGGGCACGGCGUGGCGGUGCUGGACAGACAGAUCAUGGUACUGGGGGGCCUCUGCUAUAACGGACAUUACUCUGACUCCAUCCUCACCUUUGACCCCGAUGACAACAAGUGGAAGGAGGAUGAGUAUCCCAGGAUGCCUUGCAAACUGGACGGGCUGCAGGUCUGCACUCUGCACUUCCCUGAGUACGUCCUGGAGCACGUCCGGCGCUGCAGCUGA